CACUAAAAACCAUCCAACACCAAAUUCCAACAAGAUGGCCAACGCUCGACUUGGCGGAUCCAAACGGACACUAAUUGCGACGAUAGGAGAUGAGGACUCCAUCACCGGUUUGUUGUUGGCCGGAACGGGCCAUGUUACUGCCGCUUCCAAGAAAAACUUCAUGGUCGUUGACUCGAAAACUCCGGUAUCAGAGAUCCAGAAAGCAUUCGAUGAGUUCACUACUGAGCGAGACGAUAUUGCCAUCGUCUUAAUCAACCAACAUGUGGCCGAUAAGAUUCGUCCGUCUGUUGAUAAAUACGAGGCCGCAUUUCCAGCACUACUCGAAAUACCUUCCAAGGAUCAUCCCUACGAUCCCGAAAAAGAUAGCGUCUUGAAACGAGUCAAGAAACUCUUCGGAGAAUGAUCACGAGCCAUCCAGGUCUCUCGAUUGUUUUUCCCUUUUCUCUCUCUCUCUUUCUUAUUUUCUCGUUUGGUACAGUUAUUAUUUUUUUGUUGUGAAAUAGAUAAAAAUGCCCCAGUUUGUAAAAACACUCACUUUUCUUCGACAGACAUUGCUAUUGGUUCGUUCAAAGAUGGAAAUUAUGUCUUCUCCUUGAUA